UGUAGAAGAAGGACGGCAGAGAGACAGAAGGAGGACAUAGUAGGUGAUAUAGUGAAAACUAUACAGGAGACAGAAGGAGAAGCUCACAGAAUGAAAGCAGCUACAUUCCAGUUGUGUUUUUGAUUGAGGACAAAGGGAAUAAGGAGCAAAAAGUUCCUUCUCUGUGAACAAGAAGGCUUAAGGAAACAAUCCUUUGACCUGUAUUUAUUUUUGCAUUCUUUGCAAACACCUUGGUUUUACUUAAAGGGGUUUUUCCAGGAUGCAGCAAACAAGAGCAAUCAUCUAAAGACCUGUCUUGAAGUCAUACUGAGUAAAGCUCUCGUGACUGGAUGUUCUGAGAGCACAGCAUAUGCAAAAUGAAUGACGACAACUUAACCGUGUUCGAUACUAUUAUCUAUGGUCACCCACCAUGUGAAGGAUGGUCCAACAGCACAGAAGGUGCAAUCUACCACCUGGGUAACACUAUCCUCUUUUUGGGGUACAUGGGUGGAAGUGGAGCUUAUGGAGCACUUUACAUUUUCAGUUUCCUGGCUCCUGCUUUCCUCUGUCUAGCCCUGUGGGGCUGGCUGUCAGUAUGUGGCCUUGAUGUCUUCAUCUGGAACCUGGUGCUGAUGCUGCAGUGCCUGGUCCAGGUGUGCCACCUGAUAUUUCGGCUGAUGCAGGACGGUUUGGCCAGCGAGGAGCUUUCUGCCCUCUACUCUGCGGUCUACCUGCCACUGGAUGUGCCUGUGCAGGUGUUCAAAGAGAUAACUACGGUCUGUGAGAACAAAGUACUCUCUCUGGAGGCUGAGGAGACCUAUGCUGUAGAGGGAAAAACACCUAUUGACCAGCUCUCCUUUCUGCUGUCUGGAAGGAUUCGAGUGUCUUUAGAAGGGCAGUUCCUUCAUUACAUCUUCCCUCACCAGUUCCUUGAUUCUCCAGAGUGGGAAUCCCUCAGACCAACAGAGGAGGGGAAUUUCCAGGUGACCCUGACCGCAGAGACAAAUUGUCGUUACAUCUCCUGGCGUCGGCGGCGCCUUUAUCUCCUUCUGUCUAAGGAUCGCUAUAUUGCUCGUCUCUUCUCGGUAAUGCUGGGUAGUGAUAUUGCAGACAAACUGUACUCACUCAACGACAAACUCUUUGCCAAGAGUGGUGUACGUCUCGACAUCCGCCUGCCAAGCCUCUACCAUGUUCUUGCACCCUCUCCACCAAGCAGUGAGAGGGGCAGUGCCAGUUCUCCACCCAGGGGGAUCCAUGGGGAUCAGAUGACUGGGACCAUGGAGCCAAUACCUGCUAACCAGCAUGUACCAUCCUCCCAGCAAGGCCAGGAGAACGACCCAGUGCCCAAACCUCAGGCCUCUCAGCGACAGCCCUGGCCCUCGGACACUGAGAUGCCCUCUGGUGAGGACUCAACCAGCCUAGUCCUGGAGGACUUUGCUGAUAUGAUAGGCUCUCUAGUGGACUAUGGGAGUGAGAGGGAUUAUUUGAAGUAGAAAAUGGGGUGCUGAGGCUAACACACUGGGCCACUUCUUAAAAUACAUAAGGUGAUACUCCUGGAAGGUUUCCACAUCGAUACCAAAGAGGACGGGCUCCACUGGCUCCCACGGACACCCCGAGGCUCUAAAAAUAGUCUAAUCCAUAAACAAAGCAUACCAUGGUCUACAACAGAAGUAGAGCCUCAGUAAAUCCACUACCAGUGCCUCAUUUCCUCUGUUGUCAUAGGUUAUGUUUAAAUGGGGAUAAGUACAAGCACAUUGAAUGGACAGUGCAGGAAGAUUUUUUUAAAAGGAUUUAACUAUUUGAGGAUAGUAAUAAAGCAUUCAUAAUCCCUUCUCCUGGCUGAGCUCAACAAAGCCAAAAAGUUUUGGCCUUGUGUAGAUACUGUUACAGUCAAUUCCAUAUGCUACUAUUGCAGUAUUUUUUGUUAUUGUAAACUAUUUUUGCUCACUGGUGUUAGGUCUCUAGACACUGUAGCCUUGCUUCACUUGUGAUGUUUAAUUUCAUAUUACACAUGCUUAGAAGUCACUGUGCUAUUUCAUUUCCUCAUAUCACACUGUGGGCUUUUGCAAUUGAUUUACAACAUGUCAUAAUUCAUGAGCAAAAAGCAAACACUACAACAGCAUGCACUGAUUUACACUGUCUUUAUUUUAUCACAUUAAAUCACUGUUUUUUCUUGGGGCCAAUUUCCUUUAAUAAAUACAUAUCCCAGUCUGCAGUUUCAUUGCCUGCAGUCGAUAAGGCCUUGCCCCUUGCCAAGAAUUAUUGACACCCUUAAAAAAUAUGAAAGAAAAUAAAGGAAAUAAAAAAAAUAUGUCUAUGAAUAAAUAUAUAUUUGUGUUUUAGCAGCUUAAUCUUGUAUUGGGAGCAUCAGAUAAGUCUACCUUUUCAGAAAAUAUUAAAAUAACAAAGAUCUAUGAGUCUUUCUCAAAAGCAUAAUUAUUUCUAUUAACCAUAAAAAUGUAUACCAACAACGUAAUCAUUGGGAGUUUGGAAUUUGCCAAACUCAGACUUGGAUCUGGGUUCUAUGGC